CAGGUCGGACGAUCUCACGUGAAUCCGCGCGCUCGCCCAAGAUCGGCGCAGAGCAAGACGAACGCCACGCGAGCCGGAGAGAAACAAGGCGGCCCAGUGGACAGGAGACCCAAAGGACAGAGCGCGAAAGAAGGGGGCGCCGGGGGGGCAACGGACAAAGCGCCAGCCGGAUUUAAGGAGUGACGCGAUGCCUCCGCCCCGGCCGGUCCCCAAACCGAGAGCCCGCUACGCGAGGGACAACCUGGGCUCCGCCUCCCCGCCGGACGGAGGAAAUCAGACGCUUUCCGACGGAGAUCAGUUUGGCAAGGAUGAAGACGCCGGGUCGCCUGUCGACGUUCCAUACGGGGAGGCGGUCAUCGGCGACUCGACCCCCUCGCCUCCCCCAUCCAUACGCAGCAUCGCUAGCGACAUCGCUCAGUGCAUCCCUAGCUUAGCCGGGGCGGCGAGCGCCAUCUCCCACCCCCCCGCCGCCGCUCCUCCUCCAAGCUCCUCGGGCACGCCGCCCGCCAACUUGGCCGCCGUGGUUAGCUCCCUGUCAAACAUCCCCAGCUUAGCGGGUAUGCUUAGCCUGGCGUCCCAAUCCGCCAAAGCCGUCCGCCCUUCGACAUCGGACGAUGCCGUCGUCGCGGACUCGCCGACACCAGCGGAGGGCCAGACAGGACUGGCGGGACCGGCUCACGAGGAAGAGGACGACGAUCUCUACAUCACCGUGUUGGAAAGUUGGGAGGACGACGCGGAUUCCGACUCGUCCGCCGAGGAGGACCUGUACCAAAAGUGGCCCUGCUCCUCGCCCGCCAACGGUCCCGCGAGAGGAGACCUCGUCGACAACCUGCUCAAUCGCUCGGCGAGCGUGACGCCUCCUCGGCCGGCCGCCCCGCCCCCGUUCCACGUGGCCCAAUCGGCAAAGAGCGGCAAGCCUUCCAAAGCAAAGACGCCAAGCGCGGCGACCAUCCGAGUGUCGAGAAAGAAAGGACACGGGCCGCCCGCCGAGCCGCAAAGCGCGGUGGUCCGAGCCAGCUGGUUGGACGUCUGGAAAGGCUUCAGACACAACGUCUUUUGGGCCACGCUGGACGGGCAGUUGAUGUCUCUGUGGAAAAAGCGCACGGACCAGUUCAGCGAGGUUCUCUUCCACGUGUCCAGCAUCACCAACGUGAAGAAACAGGAGAGGGGAAGGUUCUCCGUCUAUUUCAAGAAGAAGCAUUACGACUUCAUGGCUCACAGCGACGACGUUCAGGACGGCUGGGUGCGCUCUCUGCUGGCGUCGCGGGGCCGGCCCGGUCCCGCCGGCCCGGACCUCCACGGGGCCAUCACGGUCAAGGACCCCAAGAGCCACUUCUACGCCGCCGUCUGGGGCCACGACUUCUGGAUUUACCAGAACAAAGACGGCUUCCAACUGGGCGUGGCCUGCUACAGCAUCCCCCUCAACCUGGCCACCGUCCGCAGCGCCGGCAAACACUCCUUCACCCUCGCCACGCCCUUCCGGAGCUUCAGUCUGUCGGUGGAUUCGUCCAAGGAUCUGUCCGCCUGGCUGGCGGCGUUGUCCUCGUCCAUCGGCAGCGCCCUGUCCUGCAACCAGGUGGCCGCGCGCCUGUGGAAGAACCCGUCCAACCGGCGGUGCGCCGACUGCGGCGCCGCCGACCCCGAGUGGGCGGCGGUCAACCUGCUGCUCGUCAUCUGUCACAGCUGCGCGGGGCAGCACCGAGCUCUGGGCGGCGCCGUGUCCAAGGUCCGCAGCCUCAAGAUGGACAACAAGGUGUGGACGGAACCGCUGGUCCAGCUGUUUGUUGCCCACGGUAACCGUCUGGCCAACCAGGUGUGGGCCCCCCUGAUACCCGCCGCCGAGAAGAUCGCUCCGGAGGCCUCUGACGAGAGCAGGUCAAAGUUCAUUCAGGAUAAAUAUAGCAAGGGGCGCUACCGACGAGUACACGCCCUGGCGUCCUCGGCCGAGGCGAUGCAGCAGAGGCUGCGAGAAGUCGUUUGCGGCGGCGACGUGGAAGAAACCUUCUGGCUCAUCUGCUCGGGGUCAAAGGUGUGUCAAACCGACCCCCUGACCCCCUCCCCCAUCCAGCUGGCUGAGAGAGCGGGGCAAGCCUUGCAGGCCGAGCUACUCAGACUCAAUGAGUACACAGAGGUUCCGCCCUACUUGCCCAAAUUGGCACAUAGGAGAGCGGAGUCCAGCAGCUCAGGAGACGAAGACGAGGAGCUUCACGGCAAGCUGGAAGAAGAUCGUUUCCUCUUCUCGGUGGAAAACGACUCGGCGGCCUGCGACGUGCUCGACUUGCGGGAGGUUUUGUCGCUUUUCCGAAACGACGGGGCCACUUUUCAGUUUGAGUUGAUCACGGUGGACAAUCGGCUCAUUUGCGUGGCCGACAGUGAGGACGAACUGCUCAUUCACCUGGUGCACAUCCUCAAGGUGAUCCUCCCGGCCGGCGUGUCGUACGCGGAGGUGUGCGGGGCGGUGGGGGUGAGCAAAGUGCGCGUGCUGGAAGACGGCGGCGUCCCGGACAACUCGGAGGCUUGGCUGCUGCUGUGGGACGGCGGCGUCAGCGUCCAUCGCGUCGGCCGAGACGCCGAGCGCAACUUCAAGGUGGACCUGAGCGCGCUCCGUCACCACGAAAGAGACCCGUCGGGAGACCUCGUCACCGUGGUCCUCGGAAACAGGCGGGUGGCGCUGCACUUUGACGAGCACGAGAGCUGCGGCAGAUGGUACCGCCUCCUGCGGGACGCCGCCGCUCUGGAAUCUCCCGUCGGCUCCGACCCGCCGAGCCGUCUCAAGGAGACCGCGGACUCGGUGCCGCUCGCCGUCCGGCGCUGCGUCCAACACGUCGAGAGCUACGGUCUGAAGGUGGAGGGCGUUUACCGGCGCUGCGGCCUGGCCUCCAAAGUGUCCCGGCUGGCGGAGGCCCUCCUGCGCUCCCCGGCGUCCGCCCCGCUGGAGUCGGACGAACAGGGCGCGCUGGACGCCGCCGCCGCCCUCAAGCAGUACGUCCGGCAACAGGAAGCGCAACUCUUUCCCGAGAGCGAGCGCAAGGACUGGACGCGCGCCGCCGCCAUUUCAGAUGAGCGCGGCAGGUUGUGCGCCUACCGCCGCUUGCUCCGGCAGCUGCCCCCCGCCAGGCGAGCCACGCUCGACGCCUUGUUUGAACACUUCCACACGGUCCAGACGUUCUCCGGGGUCAACAAGAUGUCGGCCCACAACCUGGCCCUGGUUCUGGUUCCGUCGCUCUUCCGCAGUCUGAACAGCGACCUGCUCAAGCUCACCCGCGAGUUGGUCCUCUACCACCCGCGGCUCUUCCCGACGCACAAGGAGGAGUUCGAGUUGGAGGAGGAGAAGGAGGAGGAGAUCACCGUCCUCUGAACAACUGGAACGAGAAGAGACGCCUCGUUGAGCAAGACGAGCCCAAAGGUCCGCCGAGCGCCCUCUGCUGGCGAACAACGCUCAAGCUUCAUCGCUUGGCUUUGAGCGGCCUUGAAUUUGCAUGUUUUGCCUUGCUCAAGAAUCCACAAGUUCUUUCCUUGAAAA